CAGCUUGGAGUCGCAGUUUGGGCCGUCUUUCUUUCUCCCCAACACACAGAGACUUGUCUUGGCAGAACAGCCCUUCUCAGCACAUCUUGUCCAGUCUUUGCCCAUCUGAGCAUCUUCAGGUCUUCGACGUCCUUUCAUCCAUCUCUUUCAACACCUGGUACCACGACAGGUCUUCUCCAUCACUUAUCCCCCCUCACCCCCCUCAUAUUCCCUCACUCCCAUCCCAUACAUCCGUCAGAAUCCACGGAAGACCUCCACGAUGGCGUCUCCCAAGCCCUUUUCCUUCCCCAUCAUGCACGACACCACACCCGAAGACCACACGCUGCCCGCCUUCAUGGUAAGCACAACGCGCGGGUUCCUGCCCCGCGGGAACCCCAUCGUGUCUCUGCCUUCCGAGUUCGCGAUCCUCGAAUCGCUGCUGCAGCGGAUGCCUAUUAAGCGGCUCGACGGGACGCCCGGGCUGCUGGCGACGUUCGAGUUCGGCGACGCGGUGCUGGCCGAGCUGCCGGAUCUCAGCGACGCGGUGGAGGCGUAUAAGGAGGAUCGCGUGGUUAUGAAUGCGCUGUAUCGCGAUUACUCGUUCUUGGCUAGCGGGUACUUGUUCGAGCCGUGUCAUGAGCGGCAUAUGCGUGGGGAGGGGUACGGGCUGGGACGCCAGAGCUUGCCGAGGUGCAUUGCGCUGCCUAUUGUCAAAGUUGCUGAGCUCGCGGGCUUCAAGCCGUUCAUGGAGUAUGCGGGGAGCUAUGCGCUGUUCAACUACCGUCUGGUGGAUGAGAGCAAGGGGCUUGAGUAUGACAAUCUGAGGCUGAUUCGUGCUUUCGAGUGCGGGCUGGAUCCUGAGUCGUCCGAGGCAGGGUUUGUCUUGGUGCACAUCGCGAUGGUCAAGGAGUCUGGUGCGCUUAUCGAGGGCGCGGCCGAGAUGCUGAACGGCUGCUCGGCAAAGGACCGUGAGCAGUUUGACAAUGGGCUGCGGACGUUGGUCGCUGCUCUGAGGAAGGUCAAUGCUGUGAUGAACACAAUGUGGAAGAAGAGCAAGCCGAAUGGCUACACUAGCUUCCGCACGUUCAUCUUCGGCAUCACCUCGCAGUCCAUGUUCCCCAAUGGCGUCAUCUACGAGGGCGUGAGCGAAGAGCCUCUGUCGUUCCGCGGCGAGUCGGGCGCCAACGAUAGCAUGAUCCCCAUGUGCGACAACCUGCUGCAGAUUUCGAUGCCAGAGACGCCUCUGACCGACAUCCUGAAGGAUUUCCGCCAGUACCGGCCCGGCAACCACCGGCAGUUUCUGGAAGCGGUGCGUGACAGCGCGCAGGAGAGCGGCGUGCGCGAGUUCGCCAAACAGGACUCGGUGUCGGCGGCGCUGUACCUCCAGGCUCUGGACCAGGUGCGCGACUUCCGCUGGCGGCACUGGUGCUUCACGCGCGAGUACAUUCUCAAGCACACUGCGCACCCCACGGCGACGGGAGGCAGCCCGAUUGUCACGUGGCUGCCAAACCAGCUGGGCGCUGUGCUUGCGCAGAUGUCCGAGACGUUCGAGUUCUGCAAGUCAAUCAAUGGCGCCAGCGAUAUCAUGGACGUCGCCAACCAGCAGCGCGAGACGCUGGACAAGGAAGUGGCAAAGUACUGCGGUGAGCGCGGCGUUGCGGCUGCGUCGUGAGGCUGGCAGGGCUGGUGUGAUUCACGUGAUUCACGUGGUUCACGUGAUUGUCAAGUACCAUCUCGAGUUUAGAGUAGACGCUCAUGUGACAUGUUACUCGAAUUUUGCGCCCUUUGUUGCCUGUUGUAGUCUGUACGUUAAAGCUGUGGUGCUGAGUCACCUAGUCGAGGCAGCGGCGAUGGUAGGG